AAUAUCCCCGCCGCCUCCACAAGUCGAGGGGGAUGGGCCUGCUCGGGCUCAGCCUGUGAGAUGUCGACCGGACCGGCGGCGAUGGAGGAGAAAGGCUGGGCAGGUGCGUGCAGGCGGGAGAAGCUGGGGGCGCUCGUCGGUUGGGGAGAUGGCGACCACUUGAGCUUCUCCGAUUGACCUAGACAGGGCCACGACAGCAUAAGCAAGGGUGGGGGCGAGCAACCCUCUGAAGCCGGUAGCAGCCGUGCCCCUCCUCCUCACCUUCGCUUCUUCCCUCCUCCUCUCCAAUCUGUGAUGCCCAUCUGCGUCCUUGAUUUUCCAGUUUUCUGAUAAUCUAAUUUUGAUUCUCAUAUUCUGGUUACUUGUGGAGAGUAGAAGAAGAAUUUUGAGAAUGAGAUUGAUAAAGAUGAACAAGGAAGUAACGGUCAAGGAAGAAGAGUUAGAUGCCUCUGAAGAUGUUGAUGACUAGCCGCUUUGUCACAAGCAUGGCAGCUUGCUCAACUAUCUCCACUGCCUGCAUACAGCUGUUUCAGAACAGCGUCGAUCAACCCAGAGUUCAGUUGUAGAAGAGCGAAACGAAGCACACAUCAGGAAGUCAUGCUCUUUCCAACAACAACAGCAAAAGCGCAUAUAAGAGAACUUGAGGAAGAAGUGAAGCUCCUCAAGAACCUUUCGCACCCCAAUAUUGUGAGGUACCUCGGGACUGUCCGUGAGGAAGACACACUGAAUAUCCUGCUGGAGUUUGUUCCUGGAGGGUCUAUCCAGUCGCUUCUUGGAAAACUCGGUUCAUUCCUGGAGGCAGUCAUUAGGAAGUAUACUAGGCAGAUUUUGCAAGGGUUGGGAUAUCUGCGUAGCAAUGCAAUAAUACAUAGAGACAUUAAGGGUGCAAACGUUCUUGUUGAUAAUAAAGGCUGCAUUAAGCUUGCCGGUUUUGGGGCAUCUAAGCAAGUUGCCAAGUUGGGUCUGAUGAAGCAAGGUGCAAGACACCUCAGAACCGCCUAUGUUUGUGACAGUGCACUGGGGCUCAAGCGACAAUGAGCAGGUGGGAGGAUCGUUCAGCUGACCAAGUGCAGUAUGACGGUGAUCUCUAAACAGUUGCAAGGAGGCUAAUAACAUGUUAGCUCCUCUUAAUAUCUUGGUUGAUGCCAUCUGUCAGAUUUAGCCCACCGAGUCCCUAUUUUGCAUUUACUUUGCUUCUCUAAAGUUCUCUUCGUGCUGCAAGGAAGACGCGAGGGUUAGUUGCAUUCCUGCUGCCUUGCUUGAGAUGAAUCCAUUUGGUUCUUUUGCCUUUAAAUUCUAUAACACAUCAUCGUAUCUAUUGGUAGGUGUCAUUCUGCUUCUCCUUGCAUGUCUAUUUGUGCGCUUGGGUUGCAGAUCAGGUUACUGACACAUGGGAUCGUACAGUUAUUCUAUUACUCAGGGCCUACCCUGGUGGUCAUUAUAUCUCUGGGUUAAGCAAGCUGAGCAGGUUAUGCAAGCUACUGUGUGAAAUGCGCAUGCAUCACUGCCUAAAAAGGGUCCAGACAGCAACGACAAGUGCUUACUAUGCUCCAUUAAAGCAGCUAAGAAGAUAAUUUAGUUUGGGUGAAUUUAUUAAUUUAUUAAUUAGCUUGAAGAAGAAAAAUAUUUCAGAACAGUGUGGUCAUAGAGUUAUGUUCAGUUUGGUGCUUUGGGUCAUUCUGGAUAAGUGAUUGGGUAGCGGUUGCUGUUUACUCGCAAGGGAUGAAUUGGUGCAAGUGAGUUUAUGAAAGCCUACUAGAACUGUUUGU